GCCAUCCUUCCCCUAAUGCGGCCGCCGGAUGUCGCGCUGUGUCGCUCUUCUGGUGACGUAGUGUCGGUGACCGGCAGCGGGAAGAUGGCUGAGGGAGAGCGGGCGGCGGAGACCGGAGAGGCGGGCGGAGAGCGGUCGGCGGAGGAGCUGAAGGAGCAGGCCAACGAGUACUUCCGGGUGAAGGACUAUGACCGCGCCGUGCAAUAUUACACGGAGGCCAUCGCUCUCAGCCCAAAUACCGCCAUCUACUACGGGAACCGCAGCCUGGCCUAUCUCCGCACCGAGUGCUACGGUUAUGCCUUGGCCGACGCCUCCCAGGCCAUCCAGCUCGAUGCCAAAUACAUCAAAGGCUACUACAGGCGGGCAGCCAGCAACAUGGCGCUGGGGAAGCUGAAGGCGGCGCUGAAAGACUAUGAGACGGUGGUGAAGGUUCGCCCUCAUGAUAAGGACGCUCAGAUGAAGUUCCAGGAGUGCAGUAAGCUGGUGCGACAGAAAGCCUUCGAGCGAGCGAUCGCCUGCGACCAACACAACCGCUCCGUGGUGGAUUCUCUGGACAUUGAGGGGAUGACCAUUGAGGAUGAGUACACUGGUCCCCAGUUACAGAACGGGAAGGUAACUCUGGACUUUAUGGUGGAAUUAAUGAAGUUUUAUAAAGAUCAGAAGAAGCUUCAUAGAAAAUGUGUAUAUCAGAUCCUGGUGCAGGUGAAGGAGAUCCUGUCACAGCUGCCCAGUCUGGUGGAGAUCUCUCUGGAGAAGUCCCAGCAGGUGACGGUCUGCGGUGACACUCACGGCCAAUUCUACGACCUCAUGAGCAUUUUCCAUCUGAACGGCCUCCCUUCCGAGAGCAACCCUUAUAUAUUUAACGGUGACUUUGUAGAUCGUGGAUCGUUCUCUGUGGAAGUGAUUGUGACGCUUUGCAGCUUCAAACUGCUGUAUCCGGCGCACUUCCAUCUGCUGCGAGGGAAUCACGAGACGGACACCAUGAACCAAAUGUACGGAUUUGAGGGAGAAGUGAAGGCGAAGUACUCCACCCAGAUGUUCCAGCUCUUCAGCGAGGUGUUCCAGUGGCUGCCGCUGGCGAUGUGCAUCAAUCAGCGUGUCCUGAUCAUGCACGGGGGUCUCUUCUCGGAAGACGGCGUCACCUUGGAUCAGAUUCGAAAUAUUGAGCGGAAUCGGCAACCACCAGACUCAGGACCAAUGUGCGACCUUCUGUGGUCUGAUCCUCAGCCUCAGGACGGGCGAUCCACCAGUAAGCGGGGUGUCAGCUGUCAGUUUGGCCCAGAUGUGACCCGCAGGUUCCUGGAGGAGAACGGUCUGGAUUACAUUAUCCGGAGUCACGAGGUGAAGGCCGAAGGCUAUGAAGUGACCCACAAUGGCCUCUGUGUGACCGUCUUCUCUGCUCCAAACUACUGUGACCAGAUGGGUAAUAAAGGGGCGUACAUACAUCUCAGUGGAUCAGACCUAAAGCCCAAGUUCCACCAGUUUGAUGCUGUGCCGCACCCCAAUAUAAAGCCCAUGAUGUACGCAAACUCGCUGCUCCAGAUGGGAAUGAUGUGAGGAGGAUCUCGCUGCGGUGUCCGUGUGUCCGAGCAGCUGCCCCGGGCGGACUGUCAUAGGGGCUGUCCCAGUAUCUGCCCGGAGCCUGAUGGGCAAUAAAGAAACAAGAGGAAUAUUUUUAUUACUGUACCAGAGAGGAUGAGCGGUGGGGGCCGCGUGCGGUGUGUGUGCGACGUGUGACUGUGUGCGUGCCUGGGGGGUCGUGUCGGCUACAAACGCACAAUAAUCCUGCCAACCCCUCCUGUACCCUGUGUAUCUCCUCCAUUCCCCACCCCCUCCUGUGUGCCCUGUCUCCUCCAUUCCCCACCCACUCCUGUGUGCCCUGUCUCCUCCAUUCCCCACCCCCUCCUGUGUGCCCUGUCUCCUCCAUUCCCCACCCACUCCUGUGUGCCCUGUCUCCUC